AUGAUGCUGAAAUGGCAUUUAAUAACAGAAAGUCGCAUCCUGGUGUAUAUGGGAGGGAAUGCAAAGCAAAGAUUUGAUGAGAAGUGUGUCGAGAUGAUAAGGCAGAUACUUAGUGGAAGAAAUACGCUAAGAAAAGUGGUAUACAGAGAGAAAGACCCGAAGAUGUACCAUAGGCUUGUUCACACGGUUGUUGAGAACUACGAGCUAUUGGUUAGCAUUGUCAAGAAGAGCAAUUAUAUGAAUGAGGAUCUUGAAAUGGCGGUGGUGAGAUGCUAUCAGAUACUUGAUGGAAAGCUGAAGAAUGCAAGAAUGAAGAGAAAGUUUGUUGAGCUGAUGGGAGGAGCUAAGCUGAAGUUUACAAGACAGCCUGUGUUUGUCCGAAUCAACACGUUGAGAGGCGGCUGUGAAAGCGACAUGAAUGCAUUUGUAUAUGAAAAGACGCCUCUUGAUGGAGUUUUCAAGGUCAUGAAUCCCGAAGUAUUGAAUGGAUCUGAGGCAUACAAUGAAGGAAAGAUAGUGAUACAAAACAUAUCAUCAUGCCUGCCAACAUUCAUCCUGAACCCAGAAGAAGGGUCUAUUGUGAUAGACACAUGCUCAGCACCUGGAAACAAGACAUCUCAUUUGUCGAUGGUCAUGAGGAACACAGGCAAAAUACAUGCGUUUGAGAAGGACGAGUCAAGAGCAAAGGUACUUAGAGCACAGCUUGAAAAGCUUGGAGUUAGAAACGCAGUAGUGAUUGAGGACGACUUUCUACAAUCAGUGCCUGAGAGUUUUGGAGAUGUUGAAUACAUUCUAUGCGAUCCAAGCUGCUCUGGAUCUGGAAUGCACUUGAAUUACAAGAUGGAUUCGGAAAGAGUAAAUAAGCUGAAGCAAUUCCAAAUAUGUAUGGUCAAGCACGCGCUACAGUUCAAUCCCAAACGGCUUGUGUAUUCAGUGUGCUCAGAACACAGGGAAGAGGGCGAUGAUGUUGUGGAAGAAGUUCUCAAGGAUUCAAGAUAUCAACUAGAAGACAUAAGCCAACUUUGGACACAGAAUGCAAUGUCUGAAUCUCCAGUGAGCAAAUACAUUAUACGAUGCAAAAAAGGCACGGAUGGCGCAACUGGGUUUUUCAUAGCAUCGUUUGUGAGGAAGCAUGAGGAUGAAUCCAAGAUUGCAUAG